UUCAGCCUUUGGACAAAUUCACCGAGGCGAUGAGUGACAAGGACUUCGUCGCGGACAGCCCCUAUCGCGUCGGCGACCUGUACUGGAAGAAGGACAACGAAGCGUCAGAUGACUGGGGGCUGGUCAAGCUCACGAGCGCCGACGUCGAAGCGUGCGUCGGCAUGGUUGCCCUCAUUGAAGAACGCACUGGAAGCCGCCUGCCAAAUCAAACGGAGCCCGUGCAACUCCACGCGGCAACGCUGUGCCCAGCCAACCCAUUGUUCACAACUUGUGCGGACAUGACGUCGCUGCGCUACCUCCACGAAGCUGCCCUGCUGAAAAACCUGUACGACCGAUGGAUCGCAUCGGAUCGACAGCCAUACACGUCCAUGUCGAACGUGUUGAUCGCCGUGAAUCCGCUGCGGUACCUCAAAAAGGUGGAGAAAGCAGUGUUCGUGUCGCAGUCCCUGGACAAGUCGCCACCGCAUCCGUACAACGUCGCCGAGGUGAACCAUCAUCCACAGCAUACUUGAAACCUCCCCGUGUUGACUUCGCUCGUAGAACGCGUAUCGCCAGCUCCGCACCGUGAAACAAAACCAAUCGAUCAUCAUCAGCGGCGAAAGCGGCUCGGGCAAGACGGAAACGUCUAAGAUCAUCUUGGAUUUCUUGACGGAGCGGUCCCAGUUCACCGGUGGCCGCGCGUUGCUGUCGUCCACACUACGGACAUCUCGAUCCAACCAGGAUGACGAAGACUACGACGACGAAGAAGGCCGACCGCACCCGGGCUUGGCGCACAGUCUAGGCGACCGGCUCAUGAAGACCAUUCCAAUCUUGGAGUCGUUCGGAAAUGCCAAAACCCAUCGCAACCACAACUCGAGCCGGUUUGGCAAGUACAUGCGGCUGCAGUUCUCCCCAGAUGUCGACCUAUCGAGCACGGCGCUGCACUUGACGGGCGCGUCCAUCGACACGUACUUGCUUGAGACGUCUCGGGUCGUGCAUCCCCCCACGGGCGAGCGCAACUUUCACGUGUUUUACGAGCUGCUUCGAAGCGGCGACGCCAAACUGUUGAAUGAUUUGAAGCUCAUUCCAAACCCAUAUAUGCCCAAGGACCCGCGCCUGUCCAACUGCGACGCGUGGCUCGACAUGUACCACUACCUGAACCGAUCCGGGUGCACACACAGCGAGUUCUUGAACGACCGCGCGAACUUUCAAAAGUUAAAAGACGCGCUCGUGUUUGCCGGGAUUGACGCCGUGCAAUUGCUCCAGAUUGUGGCAGGCGUGCUCCAUUUAGGCAACGUAACAUUCCAUGAAGAAGACACGGCCGAAGGCUUGACAGCGGCGAUCCAUCGGGAAGGCGACGCUCCCAACGCAUCCAUCGACGUCGUGGCCGACUUGCUCGGCAUAAAAGCCGACGACUUGAUCGAUGCCCUGCUCAAGAAGAAGAUUGAGCGGACAAAAGGGUCAUUCCAACGACGGGGGUCAGUGUACUUUGUAGGAAAAACCAAGCAACAAGCAGCGUAUUCGCGGGACACGGUGGCCAAGAUGAUCUACAACCAGGUAUUUUCGGCACUGAUGGUGCAAUGUGCCGAUAUCUUGGAGUACAACGCUGCCCUCCAAGACGAGCUAGCGUACAUUGGCGUGCUCGACAUCUUUGGGUUUGAAGACUUUCACCCGAAAAAUCAAAACUCGUUUGAGCAGCUGCUCAUUAACUAUGCCAACGAAGCACUCCAGAGCAUGUUCAACCUGUGCAUUCUCAAAGCCGAGCAGGAACUGUACCAAGCCGAAAACAUCUGGGCCCCGCAGAACGCCUCCCUCUUGUUCCCAUUUGCGCCACGUCCCGUAGAUGGCCUCGAUGGAGCCUUCAAUAUAGCACACGCUCCCAAUGACAAGACCAUCACAUACGACGACAACCGACAGUGUUUAACACUAAUUGCCGACCGCCGCGACGGCAUCCUAUCGAUUCUGAAUAUGGCCGGUCGAUUGGUUGGCCAGUCGGAUCGAAAAUUCAACGAGAAGCUUCAUGUGGCGUUUAAAAAGCAUCCCUGCUUUGUGGUGCCACAUCCACGCGAUGCCCCGUACAUGUUUUGCAUCAAACACUACGCCGGUGUCGUGCGCUACCACAUUGACGGGUUCAUCGACAAGAACAACAACGUGGCGUCGCCUCAGUUCCACGAGCUGAUUGCGGGCUCGACGCGGUCGCUGCUCAACAUGUCAUGCAUGUCCAAGACGCCCCCUGGCAGCGUCUCGGAGAUGUUUACCCACCAGAUGAAAGGCCUGGUCGUGGAAUUGGACUCAACUCGGAGCAACUUUAUCCGGUGCAUCAAGCCGAAUGCGGCCAUGGACGCUCGGGUGUUUGAUCGCCGCAGCGUCCUCGACCAACUCCGCUGCUCGGGGACGAUCCAGGCGUGUAAAGUGCUCCAAGUGGGUCUUCCCACAAGGGUCUCGUACGAGGAGCUCGUGUUCAUUUACUCCGACUUGUUGGGCGCAUCGUUCAUGGAGAGAUUCCACGGCCGCGAUCGGCUGUUUACGCAGGCGCUGUGCCACGUCCUGGACUUCCCGUCCGAUGCGUUUCGGCUAGGGGACACGCGGCUGUUCUUCAAGACAGGGAAAAUUCACUUGCUGGACACGGUGCUAGCAGUUACAACCCCCUGUCCCCCCGCGACCCUCCAAGCCCGAUUAAUUUCAUAUUUGGCCAAAUCGCGGUGGAUCUCGGCCGUGACCAAGACAGUCGUGCUGCGGGCAUGCGACGAACUCUUCUGGAGCUGCCGCCAAGGCCGGUGUGUGGUCGUGCUGCAGUGCUGGUUCCGCCAACAUCUGGCUAAACGUGUCGUCGCCAAGCGUCGAACGACCGUCCGUCUCUCCCGCAAGUGGAACCUCCUGCUGCAAAAAACUCAAGUGCGCGCGGCGUUCGACCGAAGCGUCCAGGACAAACUCGAGUUGCUAAGCGUGUUGCUGCGCCACCAGACCCUCCCGCCCCACGCCAAGUGGCUCUUGACGUGGCUCGGCCCCAUGCAGCGUGCCAUGUACGUGCGGAAGCUCGGCCGCGCGGCUUGCAUGGCGUAUCUGGCCAAGCGUGCGUUUAUGGCGUUGCUGGAUAAAGUUCGUCGCGAACGAGCGGCGGUGCGGCUGCAAACCCAGUUUCGACGGGUGUUGGCCGUGUCACGUUUCCAAAACUUGGUCAACCGGCAUCGCGCGUUGGCGCGCUGGAGUCGCAUCCGUUUGGCCAUGAAAGUAAACAUGUGCGUGCUGGCCAUGUAUCGUCGGGCGCAUGUGAUAGGGUUGGAGCGCGAUGUCGCGCGGCUGACGCUCGAAGCUAACGAGUUUGAUCUUGUCAAGGCAUGUCUUGUUGAAAAAGUGACUUCGCUCGAAUCGUUGGUGUCGUCGUGGCCGCUCAAACAAGCUGCGUUCGACGUAACUUGCUCCGACUUUGCCAUGCAAGUGACCGCGCUGACGUCGGAAGUGGCGGCAAAAGACGCGGAAGUGAUCGACAUGGGCCGUCGCUUCGAGAUCGUGCAAGCUCAACUGGACAGGUCCGUGGAUGCACAACACGAGCUAGACAAACAUGUCCACCGAUUGCAAGAUGAAAACACGACAUGGAUGCAGCGUUCGACGGCGUUGGAGCUGCAGGUGGCUGAUCUCAACAACAUGCUGGCGCUGUCCAAGGCUCGCUAUGCGACGCUCGUGGUGGAAACCGACGCCCGAAGGGACUCAUUUGCCACGCAAGUGGACGCCGUUGAAACCAAAAUGAACGAUAUCAAGCACGACGUGCGCUUGAAGGCGGCGCAAAUUUCAGAACUGGAAGAGUACAACGCAGAGCUCAAACACGAACACGAAUCCGUGGUGACUCAAUUGGAGGACUUGGAGCAGCUGCACGAGCGAGAGAUGGCCACGCAAAGGCGGCAGGUGACGGCACUGACGUCGGACGUGGACGAGUUGCGGCUGCGCCUGGCCGCCGCGACCGAAGAAAUCGAGCGCAGGAUCAUGGGUGCCGUGGAGCUAGACACGAUUCGACAUGGGCUUGAAGAGGACAUAUCCACACUUGCAGACCAACGGAAUGCUAUGGCAAAUGUGAAUGCAGCUUUGAACGGAGAUGUGACGCGUCUGAAAGCGUGCGUGGCAAGUGCCCAAAAUGACAUUGCAUCCUUCGAACGAAAGCACAAGCAGUUGCAAUUGGACCUGGACGACGCUACCGCCACCAUCGACUACCAGUCGAUCCAACUUGCAGAAGUUGAAGGUAUCAAGGCCCAAUACAAAGCCAAAGACGCGGAACUCAAGGCUCAAAGUGACUUGCAAGUGGCCAGCUUGACGACCCACCUACACCAAGUGCAAGCACAACUGUCGCAAGCGUUGGCAGCGGUGGCGCUCCACGAGAAGUCCGCCUUGGAGUUCGAACGCUUCAAGGAGCAGUCGGCCGUGGACCAUAUCACGCUGAAACAAAACGUGAUCAACAUGACAAACUACGUGGGUGACUGCAAGCGCAAAGAGGUGGCGCUGGACGCUGCUUUGACUGACCGCGACGCCCAAAUCCAAGAGCUGACUCGGCAGCAUCAACUUGACGAGCUGCGUGUUAAGGAAUUGAUGGGGGCGUUGGAAACGACUCAGCAUGCGCUCAAAACGAAAGCCGCCGCCGUCGAGGAGCUGGAAGAGUUGCGGCGCCAACUUAUGCAAGUGCAUACUUCCCUCACGGAAGAACUAAAUGCGAUCAAGCACGACCAGACGAUUUCAAAGCAAGUCGAGGCAGACUUGGAUGGCCAGUUGGCAGAGUCGAGUCAUCGGGUGGUUGAGCUAUGCGCGCAGCUCCAGCAUAUGCAACUUCGAUUCGACCAAGUGCAAGAUCACAUUGCCGUCAAGGACGUAGUCGUGUUGGCCGAAGAAACGAUCAAGUUGCAACUGCAGGUGGACAACGACGUCCUAACUCAAAAAGUCGACGCGUCCAAGCUGGCGAUCUCACAAGUCCGAGCCAACGAACUCGCCUUGACCAGUCAGCUCAGCGCCCAAACCAUUGAAAUGCAAGCGCUGGCCUGUCGGCUGGAGACCUCCGAAGCGGCCUGUAAGGACGCCACGUGGCAAAUUGAAUUCCUGCAAUCCAAGAUCGACGACGCUCAAGCGACGGCGGCGGCGUUGGCCGAGACGAAAGCGCAGCUUCAAGCCCGUGUCGUUGUAUUCGAGAAAGCAAACCCGCCAGAGUCGACUGAGCCGAGUUCUGUCGACACCCCAUGGAUUUCAAACUCGCACGACCACAUCACGACGUUAACGGCAGAGCUAUUAACUAUCCAGCACCAGCUCAGUCAAGCCAAGAACCAAGCGGACACGACGACAGCAAAUGCUCCCGAACUGGAAGCACUCCAACACCAAAUGACGCUCAAUACGUUGACACUCACAGAGAAGAUGGCAACGUUGGUCCAAGCAUCAGGAGAGGCCAAACAGCGACAGACGCAGCUCGAAGCGCAAGUGGCCGACGGGUUGCGCCAGGUGCAAGUACUCACAAGUCAACUCGAACACGCCCACGACAAGUGGCGCCAAGCUGAAAACCAACUGGCAGCUACACUGGCAAACGAACGCAACGCCCCGGCCAGCGACGUGAGUGACCAGUUCCCACGUUCACCGUCACAGGUUCACUUGGAAGGACAGUCGUCGUCGGUGGUUCCGCUCAUAUCCGACUUGGAGGUGGCGCAUGCAGAGGUCGCACCAUCCAACGACUUGAUUGCCUCCACGCAGCAACGCGAAGACGAGCUAGACGGCCGACUCGCCGCCUGCACGGACCAUGUUUAUGCCCAGGAAGCCCAUCUAUCCCAUCCAAUGGCCACAUUUGACACUGCAGAAACAAGCAAGCCGACCGCGGACGCCAAGGACGAGCAGUUGUCGGACCUGGCGAAAUCACGAACCAUUCCCAACGAAGAGCAAUCCACGUUCAACUUGGACGAUCAAUCGGAGGUGGAGGAAUCUCCAUUGACGUCCACGACGGUCGUGACCAUCGCAUCCCCCAGGGGGGUUCAAACAAAUACAGGGUUUCGUACGACCGACGCAUCAGUAUCGCAGAUCGCUCGACACAAGCAGGUCCAAGUCAACUUGAACAAGGAGAAUCGAGUGGCGGCCUUGGAAGCCCGGCUCAAGGUGCUGGAACUGCAACAUGAGCUCAACCAAACCGAGACCUCCCGCGCCCACGAGUGCAUUGCGAAUUUGAAAUCCACGAUUGAGGACAAGGACCAUAUCAUUGUCGAGCUACGAAGUCGACUCGCCAUGGACGAACUGAAUGACGGCGGGCAGGUCGCCGUGGGGACGCAGGGAGGAGAGGCCGAGUCCCCAACGUCCAUGUUUGCUCGCCCCACUAGUGGCGAACAUUUUCACGCAGCGUGUUAUCAACUGGAAAUGGAAGCCAGGCGACAGCAGCAACUCAAUCGGAGGCUGCGCAAAGUAGUGCUGCAAACUCGCUGGUAAAGCGGCCAAUUGUAAUACAUGGGCCAUGAAUGAUACAUGGACUUAGGGGCGGAGUGCCCGCAUUCGAACCGGACGAGCUUCGUAUCAGUCAAGCGUUUACCAGCUUCGACGUCUUUGGCAGCAACGACUUGGAGUUUACGACUGUUGCUUGAGGUCAUGAAAGUGUAAAUCACAGUGGAAAGAGGAUCUAGCUACACGUAUAUAAGUACACAGUUUGGAAUCGAUUGUAUGUUGUAUUGUGC